UCUUCUUCUCACUUUCCCUUUCUCUCUCUUAUUUAUCGGGACAGAACCAAUUUAUUGCAAACUUCACCGAGAAGUUCGCUGUCAGAUCGAUUUCAACAAUUUCGUAUCCUGAUUCUGAGUGAAAUUGGCAUCUGGCAAUAAAUAAUGCAAGACAUCUACUCAAUUGGCGCCGCCGGCCAGAUAAUAGGUGGCGGGGGAGGGGACAGGCGGUUACGGCCGCACCACCACCAUCAGGAACUCAAGUGCCCCCGCUGUGACUCGCUCAACACCAAAUUCUGUUACUACAACAACUACAACCUCUCCCAGCCGCGCCACUUCUGCAAGAACUGCCGCCGCUACUGGACCAAAGGUGGCGUGCUCCGAAACGUCCCUGUUGGCGGCGGAUGUCGCAAGGCCAAGCGCGCCAAAACGAAGCCUGCACCGGAAACGACGACGCCGCCGCCGCAAGAGCAGCGUGAUGAUAAGCGGAAAUCGAAUUCUAAUUCUAGCAGCGAAAGCUCUAGUAUCACUGCCGCCAAUUCCAGUGUUGCAGUAGCGAAUAAUGCUAUUAGUAGUAGUUCUGCCCCCGGCGCUGCUGAGGCGGUGUCGGCGCCAUCUUCCCACUCAAAUUUGUUAAACUCAGAUUCCGGCUUCGAGCCGAGGAUGCUGGAACAAGGAUCGGAUUGCGGGAUAUUUUCCGAGAUUGGGACUUUGACGAGCUUGAUUACGUCGCCGAUCAGUAAUGAAGCGCUGUCGUUUGGAUUCGGACUUGAUCAGGAAAAUCAGUUGCAGAAUCAGAUUCCGAACCACCACUACCACCACCAGCAGAAGAUGAGUAUGGGAGGGGAGGAGAUCACGGCGGGGAGGUUGUGUGAUCCGACGGUGCAGGUUGAGCUAUCGGCGUUGCAGAGCAGAUCCAACGGUGGAGGGUUUGGAAUCUUUGGACCGUUGGAUUGGCAGGGGGAUGGAUAUCAAGAACUAACUGAUCUUCCUACUGCCGUUGAUCAGACAUACUGGAGUCAGAAUCAUUUUACCGAUCAAGAGCACCCAAGUAUUUUCCUCCCGUAAAUUUCUCCUUAUUCUCGUUUUCUGUUUAAUGUUUAUUAGUACUAUCAUUUACAGAUAAAAAUUGGAAAAAAAAACAAUGCCUCUAGGCUGGAGGUUAAGAAAUUUAGAGAGUUUUAUGGAUGUAUAUGAAUAUGACUGUUUCCCGCAUGUAAAUUAUAUAUAUAUAUAUUUUUUCUUUUUUUUUUGAGGAUUUUGGAGGUUGUCUGGUUUUGAUUAUGAUCCUGAUGUUCAUACUCAUUUUGCGUUAGUAUUUUUCUU